UUAUAUAUUAUAUCCAUUAUACUAUUCCUACUAUUGUCUUUGAAACUCUACUAUAAUUUUAUGUUAUGAUAGCAGUUUGUUCUUUAUGCGAGUUCUGUCUAGUCUUCAGAAAAGGCCAUUACAGCAGCCUACCAGAUGUUAUUCAACUUGUCUGAAAUUGGGAGUAAGUUCUUGGACCAGAGUCUGUGAUGGAUAGCUCUAGAGGGAUCACUCUAAAAAAUGUACUGCACCUUGGGAUGGAAUGACAAAAAUAUCUUUUCUGAGGUGGAAUGCAAUGCUUGUGGCAUUUGCCUUAGGCUACUGUACUUUGGAGGAAAGAAUGCAUGGAAACAUGCACCACCUCAGAGGAAUUAGUGGUAUUACUGAUGAUUUUGAGUUUUGAGUUGAUGUAAGAACCUCAUUCUCCCUGAGAGACCUUUAGAGUUAUGUGCAUGUGCAAAAAGAUCCUCCUGUAUUUUGCAGGCCUCCUCUGAAAGAUUAGUGGGGUAAAAGCCUUGUGAGGAUCUCCAGAGCUACAGGAUUUGGUGUCUUCACCCACGUGUGCUUCUCAGUCUGUUGUUGUGGCACUUUUCUUGUUCAGCAUUUCCCUGAUGAGGAUUUAUUGGUUCAUGGAAAUUCUAUUAACAGGAAAUGAGUCCAAUUUGGCUUUGCAAAGUAGAGCACGGGCCAAGUCCAGACUCCAAAGCAUCAUUUGUUAAAUCAUUCUGUAGCAUUGUAGUAUAGGGGAAGGAUGAUGGUACUUUGUUUUCUGAGCAGAACACUGCAGCUAGCAAGACAUUCAUCCAGUCCACUGGGGAGACAACUCUGCUCAGCCAGCGCAAAGAAGCCUGUGCUGACUUUAUUCACCAAGAAACCAUGCCCUCUAUGUGAUGAAGCGAAAGAAGUUCUUGAGCCAUACAAGAGAAGGUUUAUUUUGCAGGAGAUAGAUAUUACACUUCCAGAGAACUCGGCAUGGAAUGAUAAAUAUAAAUAUGACAUACCUGUUUUUCAUUUAAAUGGGAAGUUCCUAAUGAAGCAUCGAGUGGACAUUAAAAAGUUUGAGGACCAACUUACAAAAUUGGAGUUGCAAAAAUGAUGAAAACCAGUGAAGAAAACGCAGCUGCUUUGGGGUGGAUCUGAAAGGCCGGUGCAAAACAUAUUGUGCACUAUGUGGAAAACCAGUGUGCAUUAUCUGGCCUUAUGUUUCUUGGAACAUACAGUGUCAGUGUCCAAAACACUUGAGUGACUUGUGUUCUGUUUUGUAUUAUCACCCAGCCCAUCUGCACUGGUAGCAACCCUUUCCAUACCAUUCAUUUGCAGCUCUUCCGGGCUGGCUUUGCACUGACAGAAUAAAUGCUGCUCCAUAACAACAGAUAAA